UUAAAAUUGAAAAUGAUCAUUUAUUAUAUUUAUUAUAUUGUACUAAACGUAAAUAUUUUACAAAUUUUGUAAAAGGACAAUUAAUUCAUGUAGCAAAAUUAAUUUAUAAUUUAAAUAUACAAGUUGAAUUAAUUCAUCAAAAGAAUUGUAACUUAGUUACAUCAUCAUCAUCGCCACCAUCAUCACCACCACUACUACCAUCAUCAUCCACACCACCAUUAUCACCAUCAUCAUCAAUGUUUAUUGAAAGUUAUUUUAAAAUUUAUUGUUUUAAUGGUAGAUUACAAAUGAAAGAAUUUUUACCAAAUAUUAAAUCAUUAUGUAUAUGUAAUGAUAUUCUACAAUCAAAUAUAAAUAGUAAUGAAUUACAUUCAUUAUUACCAUUUUAUAUAAUAAUUAAUCAAAAUUUAAUUAUAAUGAAAGUUGGUGAAGCUAUUCAACGAAUAUGUGAUAAUUUAAUUGGAUGUAGUUUUAAAGAAUUAUUUAUAAUUAGAUAUCCAGUGAUAAAUUGUACAUUUGAACAGAUAAAACUACAUAUGCAUAAUACAUUUGAAUUGGUUCUGAUAAAAAAUCUAUGCUUGAACAAAAACAAUGAUCGCUCAAUGUUGGGUAAGGCAGAAUGUAAAUUUAGAGGUGAAAUGCGUUUUGUUGAACAAUGGGAUAUGUUGUUAUUUCUGGGGGCACCAUCUAUACGUGAUAUCAGGCACUUAAAUGAACACGGUUUAUACAUUUGUGAUUUGAAUAUGUUUGAUCGAAGUAGAGAUGUAAUAAUUUGUGGUGAUCAAAUUUCGAAUGAACUAGUGAAAUUAUUUCAGAUGCAACGUAAAAAAAGUGAAGAAUUAGAGAAAAGUAUGAAACAUUUGGAUAAAAUGCGAAAAUUAACUGAUCGUCUCUUAUAUCAAUGUAUUCCAAGAGCAGUGGCUCGUAAACUACGUGAUGGCACUCCAGCAAAUGAAACUAUAGAGACAUAUGAUUCUGUAAGUAUAUGUUUCACAAAAGUUUUUAACUUUUGUGCAAAAUGUAUGAAUACAAGUGUAGAUCAAAUUGUGGAGCUUUUAAAUAAAAUGUACACACUUUUUGAUGAUCUUACAGAGGCUUCUAAUGUUUAUAAGGUUGAAACAGUUGGUGACAGUUAUAUGCUUGUCUCUGGAGCACCGAAUAAAACACGUUUUCAUUCUGCACAUAUAACAGAGAUGGCAUUAAAUAUUUUGAAAGUUACUCAUGCAUCUUUAGCAUGGCCAAAAUCAAAUGAUUCUAAGGACAACACUGGUAAUGAAGAUGAAAAAGAGGUUUUAAAGCUUUUUAUUGGAUGUCACACUGGACCUAUUGUAGCUGGUAUAGUUGGCCAUAAAACUCCAAGAUAUUGUUUAUUUGGAGAUACAGUGAAUACAGCUAGCAGAAUGAUGUCUAGUGGUGUGCCUGAUCGAAUACACGUCAGUCAAAUGUUUGCUGCUCACCUUUCGGAAUUCCCAUACAUUUUAGAAUACCGUGGCGAAAUUGAUGUUAAGGGCAAAGGUAAAAUGAGAACAUAUUUUGUGAAUGGUCGAUGUAAUGAAUUUACAUUGUCAAAUAAUGUAUAUGGAAAUCAAUUAGAUUUUAAUGAAAUCUUAGAAAAAGAUGUUGAAAAUGUUGAAUUAGAUGAUUCUACUAUAUCACAUAAUACUUCAAUUGAUGCUAUUGAUGAAUUUAUUGAAAAAGAUCAUGAAAUUUCAUCUGAAAGUUCAACAGGAAUUGAUAUAGAAGAAAUAUUAGGUCAUAAAAAUAAACAAAAUGCAAAAUAUAAUAUAAAUUUAAAUAAACAUGAUAAAAUGAUGAUAAGUAAAUUGACAGAUUCAGUAGACAUAGUCAGUUGUAACAAUAAUAAUAAUAAUAGUAAUCAAGUGAUCAUUCCAAUCGACCAUAAAGAAAAAGAAUUACUAAGCAGUAAUGCGCCAUUGUUAUCAGCAACAGAUCAAAAUGAUACAAUUCAUCAUCAUCAUCAUCAUCAUCAUACUACUACUACCACUGCUACUACCACUACUACUAAUACUACUAUUAAUCAUGAUAUUAAUAAUAGUAAUAAUAAUUCUGUUAUUUCCUUCGGUGAUAUUUGUCCAAACUUUAAACUAUCAAACGUCACACAAAAUAAUGAAAAAUCAUAUGAGAAAUUACAAAAUGACAAUAGAUUAAAUGAAAGUAAUUGCAAUCUAAUUCAUUAUCAACAUCAAACACAAAAACUAAAUGAAUUACCAUGUUGUUCAUUACAAUUUUCAUCAUUAUAUAAAAAAGAUGUGAAAUUUGCAUUAAAUAAUAAAGAAAUAAUUUCAUAUGAUUAUGAAAGUAGUGAUGAUAAUUAUAAUGGUAAUGAUAAAGUAAAAGAAAAAUGUCAAACAAUGGUAUUCGAAGGAACUAAUCAUAAGAUAGAAUAUUCAACUAAACAACAACAACACACACAAAAACAGUUACCAGUAAAUUUUAAUAAUAUCACUUCAGUAGAACAAAAACAUAAAAUUGAGAAAUUCAGAAAAAUGAUUAAAAAUAAUUCAUUCGGUCAAAUGAAUCCAAUUUCACUUUGUUCUUCUGGAUCUGAUUUAUUCAAUUCAUUAUAUGAACCUUUGACAUUAGGACUGACUGAACUGGCUAUUGUCAAACCAAAUGAACCAAUCGAAUAUCUUGGAUCAUGGUUAAAACGUUAUACGUCAAUGGAACAAGAGGAAGACUUUUAAGACAUUUACUGAAUCAGGAGAUGCGUGGUUACGAAAUAUGUGGCUUUAACAAUAUAAUUUCAUUUUCAAUCGUUGAAAAAAUUAAUCUUAACCAUAAAUUUUUGCAUGGACACUAACUUGUGCUCAUAGUAUUCUUCAAAAAGCUAAUUAACACAACAACUAAACUAGAGUUCACAUGCUCAUAGCUAGGCUAAUUGUGACAUGUGUAAUCAGCAGUCACUGACAGGCGGGAAAGACCUGAAACCACAACACACAACGUUAACCGAGCACUUCACACCAAGAGAAAGGACACGGAAUGAAG